AACGAAUUCAAGAUCGACGAAAAGGAAGUCACGCGUCUCAACAGCAGAUAGAUGGCGAGACAGUUAGUUCCCAGGGUUGUGCUCUGACUGAGCUUAAUUGCUACGCGCUGGUGGGGUCGCAUGAAUCUAGGAACCACGUUCGUCCCAGACCGCGGUCGUCCGUGCACUCCAUCAAUGUCUUUGCCGUCCUGCCACAGAGUGCUGUCGAGAGCAACCGUCCAGCAUCGUUAUCGCAUCAUCAACAUGACGGCAGCAUCGCAAAGCCACCGGUACUCUGAUAUACCCUCUUCCCGUCGACCGGCAUCUACAGGCACUAAUGCACUCGCACCGAUCGCCAUCAUCGGCGCCGGUCCCGCCGGUCUGCUCCUCGCACGCUUCUUUGAGCGCUCUCGCAUUGCCUACACCGUCUUUGAGCGCGAUCAGGGGCCCGAGAUCCGGUCCGGCAGCGGUACCCUCGACGUCCGUCCAAUAACAGGCCAGCUUGCCCUGAAACAGGCCGGUCUCCUCGACCGGUUCAACGCCCUCGCACGUCAUGGGGUCUCGACGACCAUUGUAGAUGCACAGGCAAACGUACUUUUGAAUGCUGGCGGCAAAGAAGACAAGGAAAGACCAGAGAUUGAUCGCAGAGAUCUCCAGCGGCUGUUGCAAGAAGCGGUGCCCUUGGACAAGGUCGUCUGGGGUUCAAAGGUUGAAACGGUCAGCAGAGCGGCAGACGGCGUCAUGACGAUACACAUGGCCGACCAGACGACCCUGUCAGGUUUCCGUCUCGUCAUAGGUGCAGACGGGGCCUGGUCAAAGGUACGCCCGCUCCUGACACCUGCCGUCCCUCAGUAUUCCGGCAUCGUUUUCUACACGACCUACGUCCAGCCCGACGACGCCGGCUAUCCCGUCGCCGACUCGCUUGCACAGCAAGGAAACUACCUUGCCAUGAGCGGCACCCGCAAGAUCUUCCUCCACUACCUGAGCGACAGGUCGUACUUCCUGUCGGUCGGACUGGACGUUGCCGAGGGUCAGUCCGACAAGUCGAGUCUGCAGAACGGCGCGGUGCUGUGGGAGUCGCUGCUGAAGGACAAGUUCCAAGAUUGGACGCCGAAGCUAGUCGACCUGGUCCGACAGAGCGACGGUGCGUUUCGAGCCUGGCCGCUGUACAAUUUGCCUGUCGAAGCCGUCGCGUCGCAGUGGACGUCUGUCCAGGGUGUCACGCUUGUUGGCGACGCGGCCCACCUGACUGUGCCGACCGGUGAUGGCGUCAACAACGCGCUGUUCGACAGCCUUGAGCUCGCCACGCAGAUCACAGAGCACGGCAUCGACCGCCUCGAUGACGCUGUGGCCGAGUACGAAAAGCCGAUGCUCGUACGCGCGCGUGCGGCGAUUGAGAAGGGACACUGGACAGCGGAAAAGCUGUUUGGUCCCGGCGCUCCGCACUCCUUCUUCAGAGCAAUGGGCGUUGACAUGUGAUCGCGGCUUCUUGCCCCCCACCGGAACUAUGGGAUGUACUGUAUAUACUACUGUAUUUACAGAGUGCGCGAAUUUGGCGCGAAUAUGGAAUUUCCGCGUUUGACG